CAGGUACAUGGAAGCAGGAAACCAAACAGGAAUUUUAGAGUUCAUCCUCCUUGGGUUCUCUGAGGAUCCAGAACUGCAGCCCUUCAUAUCUGGGCUGUUCCUGUCCAUGUUCCUGAUCACUGUGCUCGGGAACCUGCUCAUCAUCCUGGCCAUCUGCUCUGACCCCCACCUCCACACCCCCAUGUACUUCUUCCUCUCCAACUUGUCCUUGGUCGACAUCAGUUUCAGCUCCACCAUCGUGCCCAGGAUGCUGGUGAGCAUCCACACAGAGAACAAAGCCAUCUCUUAUAUGGACUGCCUCACUCAGGUCUAUUUUUCCAUGUUUUUUCCUAUCCUGGACACUCUCCUCCUGACCGUGAUGGCCUAUGACCGGUUUGUGGCCAUCUGCCACCCCCUGCACUACACAGUCAUCAUGAACCCACGGCUCUGUGGCCUGCUGGUUUUUGUUACCUGGUUUAUUGGUGUCAUGACCUCCCUUCUUCAUAUCUUUCUGAUGAUGCAUCUGAGAUUCUGUGGAGAUCUCAAAAUUCCACAUUUCUUCUGUGAACUGACACAGAUUCUCAAGUUGGCCUGCUCUGACACCUUCCUGAACAGCACAUUGAUAUACUUUAUGACUGGUGUGCUAGGUGUUUUUCCCCUUGUCGGGAUCCUUUUCUCCUACUCACGAAUUGCUUCAUCCAUAAGGAAGAUGUCUUCAGCUGGGGGAAGGCAAAAAGCAUUUUCCACCUGUGGGUCUCACCUCUCAGUGGUUUCUUUAUUUUAUGGGACAGGUGUUGGAGUUUACUUCACUUCUGCAGUGACUCACUCCCCCAAGAAAGUCUCAGUGGCCUCGGUGAUGUACACCGUGGUCACUCCUAUGCUGAACCCCUUCAUCUACAGCCUGAGGAACAAGGAUGUGAAGGGGGCGCUGGGAAGGCUUCUCAGUAGAGUGGCUUCUUGUCUGUGACGGAUCUGCUGGCCCCAAGACUACGAAAUUUUAUGGAUCCUAAGAGCAAAAACUUUGAUUCUGGAGUUUACUCUUGAAUCUUACACACCUUUCACCCAAUUCUGAAGGAUCAAUGACUUCUCUCUCCUAGUUUUUACAAAUUUUUAAACAACCAAUUUCCUCAUAAUUUAUGUGAUGAUAUUUCUGCCCCAUCUGUUGUCCCAAAGUUAUGUCCUCCACUUUCUUUCUUACUU